AUGACUGACGCCGGAGAGGAGCUGCAGUCCUCGCUGGACGAAGACACCAACAAGCUGGCGUACUGCGUGACCGACGUUCCUCCCUGGUAUCUCUGCAUCAUCCUGGGCAUCCAGCACUGCUUGACAGCGUUCGGAGGCAUCAUCGCCAUCCCUCUGAUCCUGUCUCAGGGUUUGUGUCUGCAGCACGACGGCCUCACUCAAAGCCACCUCAUCAGCACUAUCUUCUUCGUUUCUGGGAUCUGCACCUUGUUGCAGGUGACCUUCGGCGUCAGACUGCCGAUUCUCCAGGGUGGUACGUUCACCUUGCUGGCCCCCUCCAUGGCCAUGCUGUCCAUGCCAGAGUGGACGUGUCCUGCUUGGACUCAGAAUGCCUCUUUAGUCAACACUUCCUCCGCAGACUUCACAGACGUGUGGCAGAGUCGCCUGAGAGCACUGCAGGGCUCCAUCAUCGUGGGCUCCCUCUUCCAGAUGUUCGUCGGGUUCUCGGGGCUCAUCGGGCUCUUCAUGCGCUUCAUCGGGCCUCUCACCAUCGCUCCCACCAUCUCCCUCAUCGGCCUGUCCCUGUUCGACUCGGCUGGAGGAAGUGCUGGAAACCACUGGGGCAUCUCUUCAAUGACCACGGCGCUGAUCAUCCUGUUCUCACAGUACCUCCGUCACAUAUCGGUGCCCUUUCCAACUUACAGCAAGGAUAAGAAACUGCACACCUCCAGAGUCUACGUCUUUCAAAUCCUCCCUGUCCUGCUCGGAAUCACCCUGUCCUGGCUCAUCUGUUACAUUCUCACCACCUUUGACGUACUUCCUGCUCAACCGGACAUGUACGGUUACCUGGCUCGCACCGAUCUGAAAGGAGACGUUAUCGGCCAAGCUCCCUGGUUCACCUUCCCGUACCCAGGACAGUGGGGGAUGCCGACCGUCAGCUUGGCGGGCGUCGUGGGAAUCCUGGCCGGCGUCAUUUCCUCCAUGAUAGAGUCGGUUGGGGACUACCACGCCUGUGCCAGGCUAUCUGGAGCUCCGCCCCCGCCCAAGCACGCCAUCAACAGGGGCAUCGGCAUCGAGGGGCUGGGCUGCCUCCUGGCCGGCGCCUGGGGAACCGGCAAUGGAACCACGUCGUACAGCGAGAACGUGGGAGCCCUCGGCAUUACGAAGGUGGGGAGCCGCAUGGUGAUCGUGGCCGGCGGGGCGUUGAUGGUGAUCAUGGGAGUUUUUGGUAAAGUGGGGGCUGUUUUCACCACCAUCCCGUCGCCUGUGAUGGGAGGGAUGUUCAUGGUCAUGUUUGGCGUCAUCUCAGCUGCAGGGGUUUCUAAUCUGCAGUACGCAGACAUGAAUUCAUCCCGAAACAUCUUCAUUUUUGGCUUCUCCAUGUUCUCCGGUCUGGUCAUCCCUAACUGGAUUUUAAAGAACCCCAAUGCUAUCGCUACAGGCGUGAUCGAACUUGACCAGGUGUUCCAGGUACUUUUGACAACCAGCAUGUUUGUAGGAGGGUUUUUCGGCUUCGUACUGGACAACACAAUUCCAGGGUCAAAGCAUGAACGAGGCAUCCUGGCCUGGAACAAGGCUCACAAGGACGACUCCAGCAACACGCUGGAGAGCGAGGAGGUCUACAACCUUCCCUUCGGCAUCAGCGCCGCCUUGUCGUCCUCCGCCUGGCUGCGGUACGUCCCGUUCUGCCCCGGCGGCAGGCCCGGAUCCCUGGACGGGAGCGGGGCCGACACCAACUCGCUGGAGCCCAAACUGUUCCCGGGACGUCCCGAACCCGCGCAGAUCAUUGUGGGAGUCGGUCUGUGAGCGGUGCUCUCGUGCCAGCCUGCCAUUUUUGGGGAUUGUCCAGAAACGGUGCCAUCAACGGCAGCUCGGUUUGGACCUUGCGUACUAAAGACACUGUACUGUAACAACAUGGCACAGGGUGCUUCAGUCUCCCUUCAGAGGGACUUUCUCUGU